AACACGGUGUUGUAAAGUUAGUUAGUUAGCGUUGUGUGUGUAUGGUCUUAGAGAAUAGUGAAGCGAAGCGAUGGUGUUUUCUUCCAACCCUUUAGCUCUCAGCGUUCCGGAACCGGCCUUCGAGUCGUGGCUCCGCGACACCGGCUACCUCGAAAUCCUCGACCACCGCACCUCUUCCGCCGCCGCGGCCUCUCCCGCCCCCUCCUCUGCCGCCGGCAGCUUCUUCUCCCGUCUUGUCACCUUCUUCUCUCUCUUCACUCUCAACCCCUUCGCCAAGCUCACCGCCGAUGACUUCGCCGCCGAUACUCCCUCCUGGUCUCGCUCCUUCUUCGCUUUCUUCGACUCCUACUCCUUCCCUUCCUCCCCCUCCCAGGCGCGCCUCAGGGUUCAGGAAAACAUCAAACGCUACGCCCGCAACUACGCCUAUCUCUUCAUCCUUUUCUUCGCCUGCACAUUGUAUAAGAUGCCAGUUGCUCUUGUUGGGUUGAUAUUGUGUUUGGCCUUGUGGGAUUUCUUCAAGUUUUGUAGCCACAGAUGGGGAUUGGAGCAGUAUCCCUUAACUCGCCAGUGUUUGAUUCGUGCUGCCCAAUGUGCAACCGCAGUUAUUCUGAUCUUUUCUAAUGUUCAAAUGGCUCUCUUUUGUGCCAUAUGCGUCAGCUAUGCAGGCGUGAUACUUCAUGCUGCAUUUCGCAAGUUGACCCCUGUAAAGCAACCUUCAGUGGGAAGAAGUAGAUAGUUGGCUAAUCAAACAAACUAUGAUGCACUUACCUUUAUCUAGCACGUAUUACUUCAGUGAUUCAAGAGCCUUUGGUAUAGAAGAUUUUGGGGUUACACUGUAGAUUUUAAGGGUCAGGACUGGUACAGAAGAUGAGGCACUGUAAAGAGAUUGGAUUAUUCUUUGUUUUGGAUUAGCAUUAAUCGAUGUUUGGAAUAAAUGUUGAGCUAUUAGAUAUAUCAAUUAUCGAGAUUAUUAAUUUAUCUUUAA